AUGGCUCUAUAUGAAGCUCUUUUUGUUACUCCAAUAUUGAUAUUGAAAGGACCUUUUAAAUCAUGGAAGUUAAGCUCGAGGUAUAUUGGAACAUGUCAGAUUAUUGAAAGGAUUGGUGAAGUAACAUAUCGUUUGGCAUUACCACCCUCACUCUCUGAUAAUAUUAUUGGAACAAUAUUAUUACCAGUUAAGGAACAAGAAAACUCUAUCAUAGUAUCCACUCUCAUUCACGUUCUCUCGAUAAAUAAUGUUGUUGUUCCUACCCAACAAAGGAAACAGGAAUCAGAAGCAGCCACGUCAUCAUGUGGAAGUGGGUCCCUCCCGAUCCAUUAUGAUCCUUACACGUGUCGUGCAUGUAAAAUCAACGGCUGUCUCGGUUGCAGAUUCUUCAUUGAGAAAGAGAAACGUGAGAAGAGAAAAAAGUACAGGGGAGUGAGGCAGAGAGCAUGGGGAAAAUGGGUGGCUGAGAUACGAGAUCCAAAAAGGGCAACUCGUGUUUGGCUUAGUACUUUUGCUACGGCGGAGAAUGCUGCAAGAGCUUAUGAUCAAGUUGCUAUUAAGUUUCAUGGUGUUAGAGUUAAACUCAAUUUUAAAUCCUCUGAUUAUACUGUUAGUGAUGAAAAGAUGAAAAGUGCGAAAGUGAAGGAACAUGUUGGUGAGAUUGCAAGGAUGAAUCAAACAAAUACAGUAUUUUCACCUAAACAGAAUUAG